UCCCAUUCUUAGAGGAGUAGGUAAUAUCACUAGCCAUAUAUAUGUGUGCGUUGGAUCCACGUGUGAUGUAAUUUGACAAGUAGAUAGCGCACAUCUGAAAAGUGGUUUAUGCUAUUAAAUUUGUUAUAUAAAAGCAACGCUGUAGCAACACACACAAACACACACGCUCAGAUUGGAGAAAGUUGGCAUAUUAUUGAUUGAUAGCAGUAACUUUUGCAGCUGAAGUGGAGUCGGAGUUGGUGGCGGAUUCUUAAUGUACAGCCCAAAGAUCAACAUGAAUAAGUGCUGCAUACAAAAACCACAACAGGCAACGAUAACAAACUCGCCACAAAUUGUUGAUAAAAUAUAUAGCAACGGCAGCAGCAGUAGCAAUAGCAGCAGCAGCAGCAAUAGCAGCAGCAGCAGCGGUGGUAGCAGCAACGGGUUGGCGACCAAGCGGAGCAUGUCCAACAAUCAUAAUUGUUGCCACCCCAUGGAAAUCACAGAUGCGACACGCAUCCACAUCGAGAGACGGGUGGAGACUGCCAACGAUUUCUUCGAUCAGACACUGCGUCUGUAUGGCGUGACGGAGUUGAUCUUUUGCUUUAACGGCGGCAAGGAUUGCACCGUUCUGCUCGAUCUGCUGAUGCGCUAUUGUCGCCAGCACAACAUCGCCAGCUUUGAGAUACCCAUGCUAUAUAUCGAAUCGGAUGAUUCCUUUCACGAGAUCGAUGAGUUCGUACAGCACUGCGUCCAACUGUAUCACGUUAAUCUGAUCAAGUACAAGGACUCUUUGAAAGUGGCACUCACCCACAUGACGGAGGAUAUGCCGCGCAUUAAGGCCGUCUUUGUCGGCAGUCGCAACACGGAUCCCUUUUGCGAGCAUCUACAAUCUAUGCAGAAAACGGAUAGCGACUGGCCGGAUAUGAUGCGAUUGAAUCCGUUGUUGGAGUGGACCUAUCACGAUAUCUGGCAUUAUAUACACAUGUUCAAUGUGCCCUAUUGUCGUCUCUAUGCCGAGGGCUACACAUCCAUUGGCUACAAAUCGAACACGCUGCCCAAUCCCCAUUUGAAGCAGCAGAACGGCAACAGCAACAACAACGGCAGCAGCAUCAUCAGCAGUUUCAAGCCCGCAUGGGAACUGACAGAUCCCACACAGGAGCGCGCCGGUCGCGUCAAUCGCAAAUAGCAAUCGUUUUACUUUACUUCGAGCAUGUAAAAAAUGUUAUCACUUUUAGCGCAAUUCUAUUGUAAAUAUCACAUUUCUCAGCUCACACACAGAGUACACAUUUUUUUGUAACAUCCCCGAGUGAGUGUCCAUUAUAUACUUAAUCAAACCAUAAACAUACAGAAUAUGGUAUAUGUGUACCAUGCGAAU